ACAAGCCGGCAGCCUGGUCCGCCACUUUCAUACCUGCGAGCAUCCAGAGCCCCACGUUGACUCGGGGACCAGCCACCAGCAUGCAGGGUGGUCAAAGGCUCCAGAUCUUGGUGGGGUCAGAAGGAGACCGCUUGCCACUGGUGGAAAUGGGCACGUGUAAGCUUGAGGACUCUGACCAAUGGGACUGUAUCCUAGUGGCUGAUAUCAAGACCCAGAAAAUCCAGAAGCAGUAUCAGAGGCAACGGCGGUUCCUGGAGAAACUCAGGAGCAAGGGCUUCCACUUCAAGAUGAUAAAGGACCAGAAGAAGGUGUUCUUUGGAAUCCGAGCUGACAGUAGAAUCAUUGACCUGUACUGGACUCUCAUGAAGUCUGAAGAUCCUGACCCCAGAGUCAAGCUGAACCAGGCGAAUUCCGACCUACCUACCACAAGAAUCCGAAUUGUGAGCUUUGUCGUGAACAACAAGAUGAAACCUGGCGACACCUUUGAGGAUCUGGUGAAGGAUGGGGUUUUUGAGACCAUGUUUCCUCUGCACAAGAGGGAAAAUAACCUGAAGGGAAAUUGGGCUCGAUGGAGAAACAUAUUCCGGCCACAGCCAAUCGAUGACAUCAGGAACUACUUUGGUGAGAAGGUGGCUCUGUAUUUCGCCUGGCUUGGCUGGUACACCUACAUGCUGAUACCUGCUGCUGUGGUGGGCCUCAUCAUCUUUCUGAGUGGCUUUGCCCUGUUUAAUUCCAGCCAGAUCAGCAAAGAGAUCUGUAAGGCCAAUGACACCUUCCUGUGCCCUCUUGGCGACCACAAUCGUAGAUACCAGCGGCUCUCAGAGAUGUGCGCUUUUUCGAAGCUCACUCACCUCUUUGACAAUGACGGCACUGUGGUGUUUGCCAUCUUCAUGGCUCUGUGGGCCACAGUGUUCCUGGAGAUCUGGAAGCGGAAGCGUGCCCGUGUGGUCCUGCACUGGGCCCUGUACGGAUGGGAUGAGGAAGAGGAAGAGAUGGCCCUUGAGCUCAUUAACUGUCCAGACUACAAGCUGAAGAAGCAUCAUCAUUCCUACCUGGGCAGCACCAUUAUCCUGAUCCUGUCCCUGUUCAUGAUCUGUUUCAUGAUUGGCAUGGCCCACGUGCUGGUUGUCUACCGUGUGAUGGCCGCUGCCCUCUUCAGCAGCUUCCUGGAGCAGCAGGUGACCACUGUUGUGGUGGCGACCGGGGCCGUGGUACAUUAUGUAAUUAUCGUCAUCAUGACUAAGGUCAACAAAUACGUAGCCCUGAAGCUUUGUAACUUGGAGGAUCCCAGGACCUUUUCAGAUCGAGAGCACAAGUUCACUGUCAAGUUUUUCACCCUGCAGUUCUUCGCCCACUUCUCCUCUCUCAUCUACAUCGCCUUCAUUCUGGGCAGGAUCAAUGGUCACCCUGGGAAGUCCACGCGCCUGGCUGGCCUGUGGAAGCUGGAGGAGUGCCAUCUCAGUGGCUGCAUGAUGGACCUGUUCAUCCAGAUGGCCAUCAUCAUGGGUCUCAAGCAAACUCUGAGCAACUGCAUGGAAUACCUGUGCCCGUUGUUGGCCCAUAAAUGCCGCUUAAUGUGUGCUAAGGGACAUGAUCAGGAGUUCAGAGACCCAGAGCUGGAGGAGUGGCGCCUAAACUACCACAUGAAUCCAGUCAACACCUUCAGCCUGUUUGAUGAGUUCAUGGAGAUGAUGAUCCAGUAUGGCUUCACCACCAUCUUUGUGGCUGCCUUCCCGCUGGCACCACUGUUAGCACUCAUUAGCAACGCGGUGGAGAUCCGCCUGGACGCCAUCAAGAUGGUCAGACUACAGCGACGCCUGGUUCCGAGAAAGGCUAAGGACAUAGGGACCUGGCUGCAGAUACUGGAGACCAUCGGAGUGCUGGCGGUCAUUACCAAUGGAAUGGUCAUCGCUUUCACCUCUGAAUUCAUCCCCAGAAUAGUCUACAAGUACUACUAUAGCCCGUGCAGAAAGUACCAGAACUUCACAGAUGACUGCCUCCAGGGCUAUGUCAACCACAGCUUGUCUGUCUUUUACACCAAAAACUUCAAGGACCACGGCAGGAUGGAAGGCCAAGAAAAUGUGACCGAGUGCAGGUACCGGGCCUACCGGGAUGAGAAUGACUACAGCUUCACUAAGGCAUUCUGGUUCAUUCUGGCUAUCCGGCUGGCCUUUGUCAUCAUCUUUGAGCACUUCGCCUUGUGCAUCAAGCUCAUUGCUGCGUGGUUUGUGCCUGACGUGCCUCAGUCGGUGAAGAACAACGUUCUGGAGGAAAAGUACCAGGCACUUCGGGAGAAAUUGUGCUUCAGUUCCAGGAGCACAGACGUGUAGACAGCCUGGGGCAGGUGGAGAAAUGCUGGUUGCCAGGCGCCUGGACUAGGAAGGAGUCCCCAUCUCUACAGCUUGCUCCUGUCCAUACAAUGUGUAUGAGUGUGUUGAGGGAGGCUGUAAAAUGGUCCAUGUAUAUGUAGGGUCCUGGGUGGUCUACAUAUCUGUUAGUGAAUGAAGGUCACAGGAUGACCUUGAAUAUAUUGGGUAUUUAUGAGCAUCCUAGGAAGCCCAUGUAUGUAUGUUAAUCACGGAAGGCUCUUGGACAUGUAGGGGUGGGGGUCCUUGAAAUUCCAUGUUAUUUAUGAGCAGCAUGAAUGUGGCUGUUGUGUGUGCUCUAACUGUCCUAGGGUUCGGACUGGCACAGACAUGACUUAAACCUCUUGAGUGACCCUAGUGGCCAUUCAACAGCAGGCUGCUCAUAAAAUUCCAACUGCAGUAAAAUCAGCCCAAGUUCCAUGGACCUCCUGGCUUCUGGGCCCCAGAUCCCACUUGGUGGCCUCCUGCUUGGUGGGAAGCCAGGGACUAACUUCUGGCUUUCCCCGGAUUAACCUGGAUCCCCACAGCCGGUAAAACAUUUUACAAACACAAUAAACCUGUCUGUAUUCA